AUGGCCGCGCGCCCCGGCCCGCUCUGGCUCCUGGGCCUGGCGCUGUGCGCGCUGGGCGGCUAUGGCCCCGGCCCGCGCCCCCCGCCCGGCUGUCCCCAGCGUAGUCUGGGCGCGCGCGAGCGCCGCGACAUGCAGCGCGAGAUCCUGGCGGUGUUCGGGCUGCCCGGGCGGCCCCGGCCCCGCGCGCCGCCCGCCGCCGCCCGCCUGCCCGCGUCCGCGCCGCUCUUCAUGCUGGACCUCUACCACGCCAUGGCCGGCGACGACGACGAGGACGGCGGGGCCCCGGAGGGGCGCCUGGCCCGCGCAGACUUGGUCAUGAGCUUCGUCAACAUGGUGGAGCGAGAUCGAGCCCUGGGCCACCAGGAGCCCCACUGGAAGGAGUUCCGCUUUGAUCUGACCCAGAUCCCGGCGGGGGAGGCGGUCACAGCCGCGGAGUUCCGCAUUUACAAGGUGCCGAGCACCCGCCCACUCAACAGGACCCUCCACGUCAGCAUGUUUGAGGUGGUCCAGGAGCAAUCCAACAGGGAGUCUGACUUGUUCUUUUUGGAUCUUCAGACGCUCCGAGCUGGGGACGAGGGCUGGCUGGUGCUGGAUGUCACAGCAGCCAGUGACCGCUGGCUGUUGCACCGUAACAAGGACCUGGGACUCCGCCUCUAUGUGGAAACCGAGGAUGGGCACAGCGUGGAUCCUGGCCUGGCCGGUCUGCUGGGGCGACGGGCCCCGCGCGCCAGACAGCCUUUCGUGGUCACUUUCUUCAGAGCCAGCGCGAGCCCCGUCCGCGCCCCUCGGGCAGUGAGGCCACUGAAGAGGAGGCAGCCGAAAAGAACCAACGAGCUGCCGCACCCCAACAGACUCCCAGGGAUCUUCGAUGACGUCCAUGGCUCCAGCGGCCGGCAGGUUUGCCGUCGGCACGAGCUCUACGUCAGCUUCCAGGACCUCGGCUGGCUGGACUGGGUCAUCGCCCCCCAAGGCUACUCGGCCUAUUACUGCGAGGGGGAGUGCUCCUUCCCACUGGACUCCUGCAUGAACGCCACCAACCACGCCAUCCUGCAGUCCCUGGUGCACCUGAUGAAGCCGGAUGCAGUCCCCAAGGCGUGCUGCGCACCCACCAAGCUGAGCGCCACCUCCGUGCUCUACUAUGACAGCAGCAACAAUGUCAUCCUGCGCAAGCACCGCAACAUGGUGGUCAAGGCCUGUGGCUGCCACUGA